AUGGAGCAGACACUGGCUGAGGCCGCUCAAUCAGGAGACAUAAACGCCUUAUAUGAUUUACUCCCGCAGGAUCCAACCCUUCUGGAUAAAUAUGAUGAGCCAUCAUUUGUGCAUACGCCUGCACACAUAGCAGCAGCUGCUGGCUCCACCCACUUUGCCAUUGAAGUCCUAAGCUUAAAGCCCUCUUUCAGCACGAAGCUCAACCCGGACGGGUAUAGUCCACUGGACUUGGCACUGAGACAUGGAAAAACCCAAACAGUUAAACGGCUCAUUAAGCACGAUCCUCAGUUCAUUCGCGUCAAAGGAAGAGAGAGGUUCACGCCAUUGCACUAUGUAGCUGAAGUGGGCGACGCUGAGCUUUUGGCUGAAUUUCUAGAGGCUUGCCCGGAGUCCACUCAAGAUUUGACUAUUCGUGGAGAAACGGCUGUUCAUAUUGCUGUGAGAAAUAUGAAUGUCAGAGCUUUACAGGUGCUCUUGAGUUGGGUCAAGAGAAAUAAUAAGGAACGCAUCUUGAACUGGACAGAUGAGAAUGGAGAUACUGCCUUGCAUAUUGCAGCCUCUACAAACAACUUUGAGGUUAUCAGGUUGCUAAUCAAAAAAGUGAGAAUAAAUGAGAAGAAUUUAGAAGGUUUCACAUGUCUUGAUACUUUCAUGGGACUGCCAAACACAGGUGAUGAGAAGAUUGGCAAAAUUUUAAGUAAUGCAGGUGCGAAAACAUCUUCAUCUCUACGUCCACUUCAUACUUUUGCCCAUAUUCGGAGUUCAAAGGCAAGAUUCACCAAUACAUUUCUCGAGCUAAGUGCAGAUCCUGAUGGUUGUUUUGAUGGCUUGUCAAGUGAGAUGCGAAAUGCCAUCCUUAUGGUUGCUUUAGUUUUUUUUGCAGCUAGCUAUCAAACUAUCCUAAGCCCUCCAGGUGGAGUUUCAUCAGGAGGUGACACCAUUUUGUUUAGCAACAAUUCUUGCAAUAUUUCUUCUAGUUCAAAUUUUGCCAGCAAGAAGACAACUAUAUACACCAGCGACGCCGCAGGAGAAGUACAAAUGGAGUCGAAAGGGUUCCCGUUUCUUUAUUUCCUCAACACAAUAGGUUUCGUUACCUCUCUUGCAGCUAUCUCCACGCUGCUUCGCGGGGUAUUUUACGUGCGGCUGGUCUGCCUUAUUUUUUCAUCCAUCGGCGGAAUGUCAUUGGGGAUUAUAUCACCGAAAUCACCAGAAUCAAUUGCUGGUAUUGUUCUCUGUAUAGCCAUGGUUGUGCCCUACUGCCGUCUUUUACGCAUUGCAAAUAACCUGGGUGCUCUACGGCGUAAAAAUAGAGCCCAUAUUGGUAAUGAUUAUGUUACUAGAGAACAUCUACGACUUUGA